AUGACGAGCACUCCAGUUCUACCAUCCUCCCUACCAGAGCUGCCUAAAGGGGUUUUUAAGAAGAAAGCUCCAUACAAAGCACAAGACGAGCAAGGCAAGAAAGGAGCCUUACAAACGGAGCACAAAACAAUCAGGCGUGAAAUGGAAUGUGACAGAAAAAGCGACGACUUCGAAGCCAUCGAUCAAGGCAAUAAUUGUAAAAUGUCUCCAGUGACUCUUAACGUUGGCGGGUAUCUGUACGUUACACAAAAGCAAACACUAGCCAAGUAUCCGGACUCGCUGCUGGAAAGAGUCGUAAGUGGAAAAAUCCUAUGCCCAUCUGAUGCAGAGGGCCAUUAUUUCAUAGACAGGGACGGGCUGCUGUUCAGGCACGUUCUGAACUUCCUCCGGAAUGGAGACCUGCUUCUACCAGAGGGAUUUCAAGAAAACCAACUUCUGGCUCGGGAGGCAGAAUUCUUUCAGCUUAAAGCAUUAGCUGAUGCAGUGAAGUCGAGGUGGGAGAAGGAGCAGCUGGCAUCCAGAGAGGCCACCUUUCUAGAAAUCACAGACAGCCAUGACCGGUCACAGGGCCUUCGGAUUUUUUGCAAUGCUCCUGAUUUCAUAACAAAAAUAAAAUCUCGGAUUGUUCUGGUGUCCAAAAGCAGGCUGGACGGCUUUCCAGAAGAGUUUUCAAUCUCUUCCAACAUUAUACAGUUUAAAUACUUCAUAAAGUCAGAGAAUGGAACACGGCUUGUUUUGAAGGAAGAUAACACUUUUGUUUGCACCCUGGAAACUCUUAAGUUUGAAGCGAUCAUGAUGGCACUAAAAUGCGGAUUUAGACUGCUGACCAGUCUGGAUUGCUCCAAGGGGUCAAUUGUUCACAGCGACGCACUUCAUUUCAUCAAGUAAUUACUUCUUCGCUCAAUGGACAAAAGGCCACAAGCAUGCAGCCUGCGAACCUCAUGAAACUACAA